AUGGCUGCCGAUACCCCGCCAUCCACCGCGGGGCACAUUUUGCUCGACCUCCAAAACUUCACGGUGCUCCGAUUCGUGACUCAGGUGGACGAAGACGACAAUAAUUCACGAUUCUCCGAACACCAAGACUGGCUACCGAACCUCGAGGUCCUUUGCACCCGCAUUGACAUCCUCCAUACAUCACCCGCCAUGGCGACGGCCGACCCAGCCAAGGAAAUGGAGAAUCUCCAGAUCUCCAAGACCAAGGAGCUCAAGGGCACCGAGAAGCGCGACACACUCAUUGCGAUUGAGAAGAAGUACCAGCAGCAGAAUACCCCCUCGACUCCAUAUCCGCCGAAGAACUGCGCGAGAAGCACCCCAAAUGGUAUCGACACCAGUCCCCGCAGACGCCGACGACGACGAGUAGGUACUGACCGGUCCAGGUUCGGCUGCAUCGCAUACAGCUACGUCAAUGGAAAACUUCAUGCCGGCCACGUCUUCUCCCAGAGCAAGGUCGAGUUCGGUGCUGGUACCGCGCGCAUGUCUGGCAAGCGUGCCCUGUUCCCCAUGGGUUGGCACGCGACCGGUAUGCCCAUUCCCGCCGUUGCCGACAAGCUGAAGUACGAGAUUGAAAAGUUUGGCCGCGACUUUGAGGGAUACAAGGAAGAGGAGGAAGAGGCUGAGGAGCCGGCGCCGGUGACCACUGUGAAGCGCGACGAUGUCACCAAAUUCACCACCAAGAAGAGCAAGGCCACGGCCAAAACGGCCAAGGCCAAGUACCAGUUCCAAAUCAUGCAGUCCAUGGGCAUUCCCACUGAACAGAUUCAUCUCUUUGCCGACGCCCAGUACUGGCUCACCUUCUUCCCCCACCUCGGCCAGCAGGACGUCACCAGCUUGGGCUUCCGCGUUGAUUGGCGCAGGUCCUUCAUCACGACCGACAUCAACCCCUACUAUGACGCCUUCAUCAGGUGGCAGAUGAACCGCCUCAAGGAGCUCGGCAAGAUCAAGUUUGGCAAGCGUUACACCGUCUACUCCAUCAAGGAUGGCCAGCCCUGCAUGGACCACGACCGAUCCGAGGGCGAGGGUGUCGGUCCUCAAGAGUACACUGGUCUCAAGAUGAAGGUCCUUGAAUGGGCGCCCAAGGCCAAGGAGGCUCUCGAGAGCAAGCUUCCGGCCGAUGCCAGCGUCUACCUCAUCCCCGCCACCCUCCGCCCCGAGACCAUGUACGGACAGUGCGCUCUCUUCGUGUCGCCAAAGAUCAACUACGGCAUCUUCAAGGCCUCCGAGAAGGAGUACUACCUCGUCACGCACCGCGCCUCGCGCAACAUGGCCUACCAGGGCGUCUUUGCCAAGGAGGGUGAGAUCGAGCACCUUACCGACAUCUCCGGUGCUGAUGUUGUUGGCUCCCUCGUCAAUGCGCCCCUCUCUGUUCACUCUGAGGGCGUUCGUGUCUUGCCCAUGGACACCAUCUUGCCUUCCAAGGGCACGGGCGUUGUGAGCUGCGUUCCCUCCGACAGCCCUGCGGACUGGAUCACCCUGAUGGACCUUCGCAAGAAGGCGGCGUACUACGGCAUCGAGCAGGCGUGGGCUGAGCUCGACGUCGUGCCCGUCAUCGACACCCCCAUGGGUGACCUUAUUGCCAAGAGCCUCUGCGAACAGCUCAAGAUCGGCUCUCCCAAGGACACCGUUCAGCUCGAGAAGGCCAAGGACACGGCGUACACUGAAGGCUUUUACAAGGGCACCAUGAAGGUGGGUGACUACAAGGGCGAGGCUGUGGAGACCGCCAAGCCCAAGGUGCGAAAGCAGCUCAUCGACGGCGGACUCGCCUUUGUCUACUCGGAGCCCGAGCGCAAGGUCAUCAGUCGUUCUGCCGACGAGUGUAUCGUCGCCCUGAUGGACCAGUGGUACCUCGACUACGGUGAGCCUACCUGGAGAGACCAGGCGCUCGAGUGGGUUGCCAACGCCGACGGCAAGGGACUCGAGACCUUUGGCAACGAGACGAGGAACGCGUUCGAGGGUGUACUGAACUGGCUGAACCAGUGGGCGUGCGCGAGGAGUUACGGCCUCGGCACCAAGCUGCCGUUCGACCCCAAGUUCGUCGUGGAGUCGCUCAGCGACAGCACCAUCUACAUGGCCUACUACACCAUCUGCCACUUCCUCCACGCGGAUAUCUACGGCAAGGAGCCCGGAACGCUCAACGUCUCGGCCGACCAAAUGACCGAUGACGUGUGGGACGCCAUCUUCUGCCGCCGCGAGCUCGACGACGAGGUCAUCAAGGCGUCGGGUAUUUCGAAGGAGUCUCUGCAGACGAUGAAGCGCUCUUUCGAGUACUUCUACCCUCUUGAUCUGCGAUCCAGCGGAAAGGAUCUCAUCGGCAACCAUCUCACCUUUUUCCUGUAUAUCCACAUUGCCAUCUUCCCUAAGAAGUACUGGCCCCGCGCCAUCCGCACUAACGGCCAUCUCCUGCUGAACGGCGAGAAGAUGAGCAAGUCGACAGGCAACUUCAUGACCCUCGAGGACAUGGCGAAGAAGUACGGCGCCGACGCGUCGCGUAUCGGUCUCGCCGAUGCCGGUGACACGAUGGGCGACAGCAACUUUGAGGAGGACGUUGCGAACCAGGCAAUUCUGCGUCUGCACACGGCGCGUGACUGGUGCGAGGAGACGGUCAAGAACAAGAGCGAGCUGCGCACGGGCGAGUACAACUACUUCGACGAGAUUUUCAACAACGACCUCAAUGCGCUUGCCAAGGAGACGAUUGCGCAGUACACUGGCGCUCAAGGCUGGUUUCUACGAGUGAGUCAACCCUCCAUUCCAUCAUGCAACAGGCAUGUUGCGGACUUGGAUAAUGCUGACUUGACAAGCCUCAACAACGCACUCUCGUUCUACCGUGAGAGCACGGCCAGCUCCAAGAUGCACGUGGACCUGGCGAUCCGGUUCAUCGAGCUGCAGUGCUUGCUGAUCGCCGUUAUCGCGCCUCACUGGGCGGAUUCCGUGUGGCAGGAGAUCCUUCAGAAGCCGCAGUCGAUCCAGCUCGAGCUGUUCCCCGAGGUGCCGGAGACGGACGCCUCGCUGACGGCGGCGCGCAAGUACAUUGCCAGCACGGCGUCGAGCGUCAACUCGGCCGAGUCGCUGCAGAUGCGUAAGAAGGCCAAGGGCAGGGAGGUGGCGUUCGACCCGAAGAAGCCAAGAAAGCUGACGAUCACGAUGAACGAGAAAUUCCCCCGCGCGGCUAUGCCGGCCAACGCCGAGAGCGCGCUGCCAGGAAGUCCGGCGUUCCUGUUCGCCAACGUCGAGUGA